AUGGAUGAACACAUUUUCUGCAAUGAUGUUGUGGAUCCGCAACUUACAGGGGUGCUGUUGCAAUCCCCCAAUCCUGAAGAUCCACCGUUGCGGCUACACUACAAAUUCAAGAUCCUGGUCCAAGAUGGGGCCGCCCAGAAGUUUUGCCUUGCUAUAAAAGGUGACUCAGGCUCUAAGUUUUGUGUCAAGUGUAAGAAUGCAAUAUGCAUAAGAUCGGAAGUUCAAGCAAGCGAGAAUGACGAAGAGGACGAUGACACUUCUACAGCCAAGUAUACAAGGAAAUCGCAGCUACAGUUCGCAACUGAUCCCGAAGUACUUGAGAGCUGGCAAAGGAUGGAGCAAAGGUUCCUUUCUGAAACACCCCAAAAUUUUGCAAAGUGGGAGCAGGCGACUGGUUUCUCGUUUUCUUCCCAAGCCUUGCUGGGUUCGACGAAGCUCAGACCUUUUUUGGAGCCGGUGAGCUGUUAUAUGCACGACUGGAUGCAUGGAGUUGUUGCCAAUGGAACCUUGAACAUCGUGGGAUAUCUUUUCCUUCAAGCAAUGCAGCAGCAAGGUCUUCAGAGUUGGUCUUCGUUUCGGGACUACCUCGGCUUCUGGGUGUUGCCUGCAGCUUUCAAAAAGGCAUGCCCGGAUCUCCCAAGUUUGUUCGACAGCAAGCGGGUGGAUUCAUGCAAGAAGAGCAGCAAACUCAAAAUGCAAGCUUCCGAACUGUUGUGCAUCGGGCCCAUCCUGUCCCAUUUCGCAUCAACUGCAUGUGCUGGAGCAGUAGAUCAGAGGCCUUGCAAGGCAUUGGUUGCCAUGGUAUUCUUCUUGGACCUUUUGACAUGUGUGGUGCAUGGGUGUGUGCGAGCAACAGACCUGGACAAAGCGGCUGAGCGAGCCCUUGGCUUGGUCGUGGAAAGCGGCUGGCAAGCUUCCAUGGUCAAAAAGUUUCACUGGAUGCUUCAUUAUGGAGACAGCUUGAGCAAGCACGGUUGUCUCAUUCCGUGUUUUGCUAUGGAGCGAAAACACAAACAGUUGACCAAAAUCGGAACUCCAAUAAAAAACAUGAAAGCCUACGAAAAGGCAGUGCUCGAAGAGGUCGUUUCCGACCAGCUAUUUAACUUGAGGCAACCGGGCCGCUUCGACAUGUCGUGCAGGCUGCUUUCUGAAAGUUGCAAGGCCAGUCGGGCCAUGCAGGAGCUUCUUGCCCAGCAUGGUGUGACAGCGGGCCAGGCCAGCAUCUGCAGAACCUUGAAGCUUGCUGGGGGCGGAUCUGUUUCAACUGGUGAUGUUGUGCUGCUGAAGCUGCAAGCGGUUCUGGCUUGUGGCAUCUUGCUGGCCAACUUUGACAACGGGCAGACUCACAGCAUUGUGAAGUUCUUAGACUUCCACAAGAGACUGGCUGAUGCUGCUGAAUGGAAGGAAGCACAUGACAACACAGCUCAUGUGGUUAGCAGCUCUGCGAUAAUCUGUGCCGUCACGUAUUCCAAAUCCUCUGAUGUGUAUCGUACCUUGUUGCCGUACAAUGCUCGCCAGCUUCUGGCAUGA